UGUGCACAUACAAAAUGAUCACCUCCAAUGCAGACGAACCUAUCGGUCACAGUCUCUCAGAUAAGCCAGAAAACAUGGAUAGCUAUUGAGAGAUGUGGAAUGCGGGAAUGAAAGCCGAGUCCCCAGGCGAAGAUGAGGGCUGAGCCUUAUAUCAAGAAAAGCAGGUAAAGUAUCGCAGCAGAAAUACUACUUCAAGGAUUUGUUUGUGGAAAAUGGGCUACAAUAGGAAACAAGCUGGCAAUGCCACAGGAGUAAAAACUUGAGGAACGAAUGCCAUCUCGUUUUCUCACCGCAAGCUUCAUCCCCUCUGUCCACACCUCUAGCUGUCUUCUCCGCGCGCAAUAUCCUAACACCCGCUUUUUAAGGCGUUGAAUGACGUCCGUGAACCUAUUGGAAAUACGAUCCAUACACUUUUGACAUGGACGAUUUCCACACCACCACACACCACGCACAGCGGGGCUCUGUCCGCUGUAAAUAUAUCGCCUUUAUCAUUUGACAUCCUCUUUUUUUCCUCCUCCCUACCUUCCAUACUUCAUCUGGGAAACUCUUCUUCCCAACCGUGCUCCUUUGAAGCCUUCGCAUACUCUCUUCGAGCGCCUGUCUAUCUCAAUACAAACGCUCUGUAAAAGUAAAACUUUCAGUCUUUGGUCGAUCCAACUAGUUGAUCCAAUAAGUUACUCAACAUGUUCCCUUGGGUAAAGAAAAUCAAGCAGGCUUUUGAUCAUCACGACUCUCAAGCCAACAGGAAGAUCCCGCCGUUGGCACCUUAUGGCGCCUAUGUUGAUCCAUUCUACGCCUCUCCAGCCACCACUGUGCGACUCUCACGAAGCAGCGAGGACAAUCCAGCAUUCCCAGCUGAAUUCCAGCUGAGCACCCCUCCUCGACGACCUUACUCUCAUGGCAAAAGCUACUCGUCUCCCCCAGGCAGUCAGACUUCGCCUACAGCACCUCUCUUACCCUACAGCAGGCUCCCUGACCUUACUUCCACAAAAUCCGCCGGCCCUUAUCAAACUUACACCGCCACUCGAAACCACCCAAGCGGCUAUGAGCUGGUUGACGAACCUAUCUCUACUACUUUUAAUAUAUCUGCGCUUUCACCUACUGAAACCGUCACUUCAAUCCCCGAGACUCCACUCCUUACGCCUACGACAGACGCUCCCUUCUUUGCCCCUCUUAAUAUUGAUUGGGUAAGAUCUAUCGUUGAACAGGCCAAAGAAACUAGUGCUGGCAUCCCUCCUGGUUCUAGCAAAGACGCGUCUCUUCACCUUAAAAAUCGAUCCUUUACCGUCCCUGAGAUCACUAUAACCGAUGAUAACAAGCCUGGGACUCAACAGAGCAUUUAUACCUUGUAUGAUUUUGGCUGGCUUCUUGACUAUAUUGGUAUCGAUCGACCUCUUUCCCAUUUCCCCCCUUCUGUUUCGACCAAAGCUUCAUUAGACCCUUCCCAGGUUAAGGCCGUCGAGCUAUUCAUCAAGUCUGCCAGGAACACCCUUGCUAGAUCUGGAUCCAAGAUGGGAAUUGAUAAUCCCCCCUUAACUACUGCGGAUGGUGUGCAUAUCAUCGAUAAACUCAAAAAACUCGAGCAGUUUUUCCGUCACGACAGCUCCAUCUGCACCGACGGUGAGACCACUCUUCGAGAUGAUACGAAGUAUAACAAGUUGCCUCCUCACGAUGGCCCGAUUGAUGUACCUGUUUCCAUGUUUGGCAACACGAUCUGUAUGUCUGCGACUCUCUCUUCGCAGACGCGAGAGAAAUAUAAACAGCCGGCAUAUGCAGACUCGACCAUGUCACCUCCACAGUACAAAGCUGAAAGGGAUAUCACAGAAAAAGGAGACACCAGGUGUAUCGAAAACGAGGACGAAUUCGUUGAGAUUGUGCUUGAUUCUGAUAAAAUCCAAUCUGCCGAAUGGAGCAUCAUAGACGAAACCACCAUCGUCAACGACUCUAACGAUACAGUUGCCCUUUCGGAAUCUUAUGAACGUCUCGUAAAACGACCUCGCCCUCCCGUCCCCGUCCAAUCCAUCCGCGUUUCCCAAUGGCCCCGGGUCUUCGAUUCUCAAUAUCUCGCUCGGCCCACUGAAUGGAAACCAUACCAGAUGGAAGUCGCUCCCUUACCUCGUUCCUCCGAAUCAGAUAUUGCCCGCGAACAUCCUCGACCGGCCCGUCGGCAAUCUCCCCUUCUCAUCACUUGCUUUAUCCUAGGAUUCUUCAUGCCCUUCAUUUGGAUCAUUGGCGGAUGGUUCAUCAACCCCUCGAAACCUCGGCCUAAGCCGGCAUUUAUUGAUUUUGAGACUGGCGUAUCCUUUGUACUUCCUUCAACCAAUGUUGAGGAGACUAAACUCCCAUGGUAUACUCAUUCUCAUCCUAUGAUCCGAGCUUGCCGUUAUGCUGUAAUUAUUGGCGCCCCUUCUAUUACUUUGAUGGUGGUCACCUUUAUCAUCAUGUUCACCGUCGUGCAUUAGUAUACUGCUUUUCUUUCUUCUUGGAUCUUGCCACUCUUGAGGAUGCUUCUCACUGAAUGACGGAUCAAUCGAGUAAUGGAUGUAUAUGUAAUGACACGCUCUUCAUUGCAGCUGCCAUAGAUAGUGAAGA